UGGGGCAUUGCUGGGUACAUUUCUUUGGUGCACAUUGGAUUGAUAUCUCAAGGGGGGCAUUGUGCGGGUUGGAUUUAGCAUAAUUCGCAUCCGUGCUUUAGUGGAUGGAUUGGCCUCGAUCGGGGCGUGCGUGGGGCCAGCAAAUAACCUCUGGUUUGGAGCCAGGGACUCCUAGUCUCCUACUACAGGCUAAUCUAGGUUUACUACCAUACUAGUUUAUUAUAAAUAAAAACACCGAAUCUCCCUCCUCUGAUCGUCGAUCGCCCCCCUCCGCAAGUCACGCACAUGGCCGCGCCGCCAGCACCCCCGCUCCGUGCCUCAUGGUCCUCCCCGAUUCAUGGGGCCACCAUGCAUCUCCGCCAUACGCCCGGCCGGCGGCGGCGGUCGGCGCCAGUCAAGACGCAGGCCCGCAAGCGGGACUUGUUCCGCUCCUACUGGCCGGAGCCUUACUGGCCGGACCCGGACCCGGACAGGGAGAUGCUCAAACACCAGCGGGCUUUUAGAGCUGCGAUGGGCCCGCGUGAGCCUCCCGCUAUGUUCCGCAAGGAAAAGGAUGACAUUUCAAAGUACAUGAUGGAGAUCUCUUCUUCCUCUGCGGACGAUCCGUGGCAUUUGAACAACAAGGUGAUGGCACUAACCGUUUGCACAGAAGCACAAAAAGCUCUGGAUUUAGCUUCCAUGAUCAUGGACCUUACCGAUAGUACAAGCUUUGGUACAACAGAAUUUUCUCGUCAUAUAGCAAACCAGGAUGCAUACCACCACAAGACAAUCAAGAUGUACAAGCUUCUCUCAUUUCUUGAUGCUCUAAGACAUUUAGGAGCAAUUUGUCAUAUUGUGGUUCAAGAAACGGUGUCUAUGCUCAACGAUGGUCCUAUGGAAGAUAGUAUUAACAGUGAUAUGAGGAAACAUUCACAUGAGUUCGACAAAAAGUUGAACAACUUGAGAGAAAGGUUCAUGACGGCAACCGAAAGCUACCAGACGGUAGUGACGAUGGAUAUACUCCAUGAUGGAAUGAAACAUGCACAAUCAUAUAUUUCCCAGCUGGUUGGACACCGCAGGGUUGCAAUAUAUGAUCUUAACCGAGCAAAACUGAAUUCGAUACGAGCAAAAGCAAACUUUGCUGCGGCAACUUGAUGGAAAGCCAGGAUAAGAUGCCCACCCACCAGAGCCGUACAUCUAUGCUGCCAUGCCUGAUGCCUCCUAUCUGCUUACGGUUCCUCUCUAUAUCAAAUAAAUUUUCUUUUGGUUCCUCCCUGUGUAUAUCGAAUAAUAAUAACUUCCGCGAAUCUUUAUCCGAGGUCUGGGACGAAUACUAAUAGGCGUUGUGCUUAAUAGUAUUUUUUUUUCUUUUGUGCUUAAUAAUAUUGGAACUCUUUGCUUUGGUCA